AUGAAUUCACUAGCGUUAGUUAAUACCACGAGCAUCCAGAAUUCAAAUGACACUGACAAAUGGCAGCUGCCCCACUACGUACCUCUCCGCGCCAUUCAAGCACCUUCCAUUCUUCUCACUGUUGCGAUAUUAUUUGGCAAUGCUCUUGUCGUCGCAUCCUACAAGAUUAACCGGCGACUGAGAACUCGAACAAACGCAUUUAUCGUCAGUUUAGCCGUGUCGGAUUUCCUGGUUGGAAGUAUAUCGAUGCCGAUGUGGAUCUACAACAUCAUCAUAGUAGAUAAUGGUUCCGUCCCUUUUAAAGCCGUUUACAAAACUUUCGAUGUCUUUUCAGCUCUGGCUUCCAUUUACCAUUUGACCGCCAUUAGUAUCGAACGUUACAUAGCCGUUUCUCGACCGUUUUAUUAUAAAAGUUUACCGUCCUUGUUUCAACGGGCAAUGAUAACAUCUGCAUGGCUUGUCGCCGGCCUACUGGCUUCUCUCUCGUCUUUUACCAUGCCAUCUGUUUUUAAAAUCCCUUGGAACAGUCGAGUAUAUGCCAUUGUUAUGUUUAUCAUCGGUUUCGCAAUUCCGGCAGCCAUUAUGUUUUUUAUGUACGCGGGCGUUUUUUCAGUAGCACGCUCUCUUCUUCAACGUAACCCGCACCACUCCCCAGGGGGUCGACAAAGCACAGGUAGCCCGAUGAGCCAAUACUAUCAAGGGGAGAGAAAAGUGGCUAUUACCGUGGCAUUCAUCACAGGUUUGUUCAUCGCUAACUGGGUGCCAUUUUUUACUGUAUCUAUCAUGGCUGCCUAUUGCUUUCACUGUCUUCCUUCGUCGCAGAAAACAUUCACAUGGCUUGUUGCUAUUGUUAAGGGUGGGCACUACCUGAACAGCGGUGUGAACCCACUAGUGUAUGCUCAGCGGGACAGUGAAAUGAGAAAAACAUUUCUCACUCUGUUAGGACUUAAGCGCGUCAAUCGUCGUUUGCGCGCCAAAAAAGAAAAGCCAUGGGGAAUUAAACAACUGACUGGACGCACGAUACAGUGUUAUCAUUUAGGUAGUUCUAGUGGUGUGCAAUAUCAUGUGAGUGGUUCAGUUAAUGAAAUGUUUACUAGAAUUCCUGAAAACCAUGUGGGUCACUCUAGAUCGAUGAUUUCUGAGUAA